AUGAAUAGCGUCUUCUUCUUCUCUGAAGCUGAAAGACUCGAUUUCCUCCAAUCCGUACUUAACACUUAUGGCUGCGCUUAUGUCUGCCUCUGGUUCUAUAGUUCCUCAUCCAAUCGGCUGCUCUUCUUGGAUGGUUUGUGCGACGUGCCAAACCAGCAAGCAAUCUCUUCUCUGGGACUGGUGGGGAACUUUGAUCAGAGGCUUUUCGACCAAUAUAGGGGUUUGGAAUUUGAUGUCACUUCUGAUAAUGGCGUUCCAGGACUAGCUUUUCGGAACCACCAAUAUGCCUGCCUUGAGCUGCAACAAUCCGAUCUGUUAAGACUGGCACGGACAGAUCUACAAAGACGGUUCUUUCAUGAAGCAAGGAUUAAGACAGCUGUUUUCAUAGGUUGCGGCAAUGGGGAAGUUGAGCUUGGUUUCUCAGUUAUCUCUCAAGGUGCUGAGAUUCAAGCAGAUGUGAUGAGGAACUUGUUUCCAGAAGAAUUUUCUAGACAGUCGCAUCCAGCUGAACUGAAGUAUCCAUCUUCAUCGUCUUCAUCUUCUUUGAGGUCAUUAUCCACUGCCAGAAGUCCCGAAUCCACAUCCCUCCCAUUCGCUAAUAUUCCGGGCACUUCUCUCUUGCCUGAAAUGCUGCCGAUCAAACAAGAGACUGAACACGACGCGAUAGUUAGAGCUUUUAUUCAUGUUAUAUCUUCGCCUUCUUCUUCUUCUAAUAAUUCAGCCUUUCAUCAGCAAAAUCUGCCUAAUAAUAUACAUCCAGAAGGAACCAGUGCUUUUACAAGGUACAUACCUUCAGAAAUGAGUUCCAAACCCGGUUUGAUGAGCAGGAAGCAAAGCUUGCUCAAGAGAUCAUUCGAAUUGUUUAGAGGCUUACAUUACAUGAGAAAUAUGAGAGAGCGUUAUCAAACAGGUCGUCCCUCUAGCACCCAGCUCCUUCAUAUGAUAUCAGAACGAAGAAGACGUGAGAGGCUCAAUCAGAAUUUUCAGGCACUUCGGUCACUACUCCCUCCAGGAACCAAGAAAGACAAAGGCUCAAUACUUACAGCAGCAAAGGAGACAUUGAACUCUUUGAUGGCGGAGAUUGAAAAGAUAACCAACGAAGAUCAGAAAGAGGAGGCACAAAUGAAAUCCAAGCAGUUAUUAACAGAUCAAGAAAUGAAAAUCAGUCCCUCGACCGAAAGAUUCAGUGUGCGAGUUUCAGAUGUGCCAGGGUCGAGUUCAUCAGAUGAAAGAUUCAUCCACCUGCAAGUGACUGUGAGAGGACAAAUCUAUUCUCAGGUCGAGAUGUUGAUUCGCUUAUUGGAAUUCUUGAAAGGGGUUCAGAUAGUGAGCUUAGUUUCUGUAGAAGCUAACACCCAUAUAGCACAAGGAGCCGCCGUUAAUGAAGCAACUUUAAGGCUGAAAAUAGAGGGGAGUGAAUGGGAUGAGGCUGCUUUCAGAGAAGCAGUGAGAAGAGUGAUUGCUGACCUGGCAGGGUGA